GCUUACAAAAUUUUCCCUUCACUUACUGUAGUUUAGAUAAAUACGGGGGUUUGAAAGCACACGGUGUUUGAUUUAAAUAAUUAGUAUGAAAGCCUCAAAUACUUAAACAAUAAAAGUAUAAUAUAUUUUAAUAAACGUGUAAUCUUUUCCUCCCUUUUUCUUUUGCUUUUUCUUUUUCUUUUUUUUUUUUUUAAAGUGUUGUGCUCCCCUCAUUUGAAUAGAGGCAGUGGAGGCUCCACCCCAAGAGAGUUGAAAGGCUAGAAGACCACAAAGAUGGAAAGGCCAGCCCACUGAGGGAGGGAGAAAAAAAACUGCUCCGGUUCCUCUGCCAUAAUUUCCUAUCAGCCUAUUCAGACAACAUCACCAACAGCUUGGUCUCUCUGUGUGUGUGUGUGUGUGUGAGAGAGAGUGGGAGAGAGAGUGUGUGUACGGGAGCAGAGGAGAGAGGGAGGCAGCGCAUGAGAGGCAGAGAGAGCGACGCACACGGAGAGAGAGAGAGAGAGAGAAAAAGAGAGAGAGAGCGGGGAAGGGGGAGGCUCCGUAUUCUUUCACCUACCCCCCCCGUCAAACCACAGGAAGGAGGGGCCAGACCCUAAGCUGCCAAUCAAAUCCGCUCGUGGCAGCCGGCAUUAUCUCAGCAACAAACUAUUGACAGAUUACAUGUCAAGGAGUUUAGUGCUUGAUUGAAGGAAGCCUUUUUUUUUUUAUCUAGUUACUUUUCCGCUUUAUUUCCCCCCUCCGCCGACCAACAUUCGAAUGACUUUCUAACAGAGUUGAGUAAUAUUAUGAAAGUUACAUGUCUGAGAGGAUUUAACUUCGACUUCCCUGAAUAUGCUGAAAGGAGUUUAUGCACUGAAACGACCUCAGGAAAAUCCAAGAUGGCCGCCAAAAGGAAAGGUGGCCUAAAACUCAAUGCUAUCUGUGCCAAGCUGAGCCGCCAGGUGGUGUUCGACAGCAGCUCCCAGAAUGCCGAGGGAGACCAGAGCGUAGCAGAAAACAGCGAGUGUGGCAGUUCCCACUACGACGACAACGAGACCAACUUCCCAAAGAGCCUGAGCCUGAAUCAGAGCCUAGAGGAGGACCAGAAGAGACGCGAGGCCAUCGAGAAGUGGGUCAACGGCGAGUACGCCGACGAGCCGCCGGCUCCCGAUGACGAGCAGGAGCAUGAACUCAAAGUCAGGAAUGAUGAAGAUGGCCCUCCUGAGGGCGUGUACAUGAUACAGCCCAAAGGCUGCAGCGAUGAGGAAGACAAUGGAGGGGAGGCCGAGCCCUCGGUGGCCUCUCAAGAUGGCAGUUACCAUGACAACAAAGAAACCGAAGACAAGCCUUCAAAAGAUGACACCUACACCAAGCCAAGCGAGGCCCAGAGUCGCCCAGCUCCCUUCUCCUCUCCAGGAGAAGCAUCAGCCUUGCGAGACUAUGCAACCAACACCGUCAAUGAGCUUUUGGGAAUGUUUGGUUAUGAUGACCAACAGGUAAGGGAUGAGCUGACCAAGAAGAUCAGCUUUGAGAAGCUAAAAGCCGCUACCUCAGACCCCUCAUCCCUGGGCAGUGAGGAGGCCUCGGGGCGCGUCCGCUUCUCUAAGUUCGAUGAGUACAUUCGGAAGCUGAAAGCCGGCGAGGCCCUACCUUGGCCCAUACAUGCUUCCCCACCCAAACCAGACGACCUCAACUCAAAACUGGCCCAAGACAAGAGUGCUACCAUGCUCCAGAACUCCGGGUGCCUACCAGGGGCCGAGGCACAGAUCUACCCCCCAAGCCUGGACCACAAACAGCCAGUAGCACCUCAGCUGGGUAAUUCUCAGCAACCCAAUCCCUCUCAGAUGCAGAACAUGGCCUCCAGAGCCUCCAAGUAUGACUUCUUUAUUCAGAAGCUGAAGAUGGGUGAGAGUUUGCAGCAGCAGAAUGGUAAUGCUUACAAGAGACCGUCAAAAUAUGACCUGGAGAACGUCAAGUUCCUGCACCUCUUCAAGCCCGGCGAGGGCAACCCUGACAUGGGCGGUGCCAUCGCAUUUAAGACUGGCAAAGUGGGUCGCCCCUCCAAGUACGACAUCAGAACAAUUCAGAAGCUGAUGCCAGGAAACCCUGAACCCUCAAUGAUGCCCAGUCCGCUUGCCACAGCUCCAGGGAACCCUGGAGCUCCUGGGGUACCCACUGUAAGUGCAUCUGGCACCAGCAUUGCCCCGGGGCUUACAAUGGACCCAGCGGGACACCUAAGUUUUAACGCCUCUGACUAUCUCAAGUCCAGCUUUUCCAAGACUGACUCCAUCACUACGGGCACUGUCUCCUCUGUUAAGAAUGGUCUGCCUCCAGAUAAACCCGCCAGCGACGACAUCAACCUCUACCAGAAAUAUAUCGCCAGGUUCUCUGGAAGUCAACACUGUGGACACGUGCACUGUGCCUACCAGUACAGAGAGCAUUAUCACUGCAUGGACCCUGAGUGUAACUACCAGGUGAGCAGGUUUACCAGUAAGCAGGAUGUAAUCAGGCACUACAACAUGCACAAGAAGAGGGACAACUCCUUGCAGCAUGGCUUCAUGCGCUUCAGCCCCCUGGACGACUGCAGCGUCUACUACCACGGCUGCCACCUCAAUGGAAAAAGCACCCACUACCACUGCAUGCAGGUGGGGUGCAGCAAGGUGUACACCAGCACCUCAGACGUCAUGACUCAUGAGAACUUCCAUAAAAAGAACGCCCAGCUGAUCAACGAUGGCUUCCAGAGGUUCCGUGCCACCGAGGACUGUGGUACAGUCGGGUGUCAGUUCUACGGGCAGAAGACCACCCACUUCCACUGCAGGCGCCCAGGCUGCACAUUCACCUUCAAGAACAAGUGUGACAUUGAGAAGCACAAGAGCUACCACAUCAAGGACGAUGCCUACGCCAAAGACGGCUUUAAGAAGUUUUACAAGUAUGAGGAAUGCAAGUAUGAGGGAUGCGUGUACAGCAAAGCAACCAACCACUUCCACUGUAUCCGCUCGGGCUGUGGCUUCACCUUUACCUCCACCAGCCAGAUGACCUCCCACAAACGUAAGCACGAGCGCCGGCACAUCCGCUCUUCCGGCGUCAUGGGCCUCUCUUCCGCCUUCCUGGCACCAAAGGACGAGCCAGAGGAAUCGAGCAACGAUGACCUGAUGGACUUCUCAGCCAUCAGCAGCAAGAACUCCAGCCUGAGUGCCUCGCCCACGACCCAGCAGUCAACCACUGUACCGCACCUGAUGACCACGCCGACCACCGCCGUCUCCUCCUCCUCUACGUCAGGCCCUCACAGCCUCAAGCUCACUCCGUCUCUCCCCGGUGCGAACCAACGCAUGUCCAGCCUGCUGUCUCAGGCCCUGCCCAGCAACAUGCCGGUGGCCCUUGCUCUUUCCAACAGUGCCCUGGCCACCUCCAACCCAUUCUUCCCCCUCAUGCCCCGACUGCCGCUCCAGCCACCUCCAACAGCCGCUGGCCUGAUAUCAGCUGCGUCUUCUGGGGCCCACUCCAUGCCCACCGACUCGCUGACCCAAGGCUGCUCCACUGGGGGGGCCGACGGAGCCAUGGCGUCCACCCCGACCUCAUUUGCCACCGCCUCUAUUGUGGAGAAAAUCUCUGCAAGCAAGGGUCUGAUAUCACCCAUGAUGGCCAGACUGGCGGCUGCUGCCCUGAAGCCCUCCAACAACCCAGACGCAGGGAACGGGCAGUCGGCUUUAGCCAGCCACUUCAAUCUGGUUCAAGUGAAGCAGGAGCCACUGGACACAAACUCUGGAGCUUCCCAAGACUCCACGCAGGAGCACAGCCUGGACUUGAGCAAGAAAGACCACAGGUAUACAGCUUCACGUAAUGAAUCAAACGGACACCCUGUACCAGGGAAUACAUCUCUUUUAUCCUCGCUUAUGAAUAAGAUGUCACAGGUGAACCCUGCCCUCUUCAACGCCAUGAACCUGAAGACGGAGCUGGAGGGAGGCCAGGGCGGCGACUCCUCUGAGGCCGCGCAGUAUCUGAACAGGGUGCUGAAGAGGCCCCUGCCAGAAAAACCCAACGAGAUUUGGAGGACCUACCUCCGCAGGUUUGACACGGAUGACUUUUGCGAGGCCCAGUGUGACUUCCUUCAGAAAGUUCACUUUCACUGCCUGGUAGAGGACUGCGGCGCGCUCUUCAGCACCGUGGACGGGGCCAUAAAACAUGCAAACUUCCACCUCCGAGCCACCUUGAAAGUGAAGUCUGAGCCUCAGUUCGGCGAGGGCAAGGACUCCGGCGAGGGAGCCCCGCUGCAGCCCGUCGCCCCCGUUUCCAUGGCCAACAACCCAUCCAUGGACGUGGCGCACCUCACCUCCUCCGGGGGCUACAGCUCCCCUCCUCCCUCCCUGCUGGCCUGGAAGCAACUGACCGGCAGCAUUCCUCAGAUGCCAGCCUCCAUGCCCAACCUGCCAGCCAACUCGCCCCUGGCCACCACUUCCUUGGAGAACGCGAAGCCUCAAGUCAAACCUGGUUUUCUGCAGUUCCAGGAAAAUGAUCCCUGUUUGGCGACCGACUGCAAGUACUCGAACAAGUUUCACUUCCACUGCUUGUUCGGGAAUUGCAAGUACGUGUGCAAGACCUCCGGAAAGGCCGAGUCCCACUGCUUGGACCACAUCAACCCCAACAACAACCUGGUCAACGUCCGCGACCAGUUCUCCUACUACUCUCUGCAGUGUCUCUGUCCCAACCAGCACUGCGAGUUCAGAAUGAGGGGCCACUAUCACUGUCUGCGGCCCGGCUGCUACUUCGUCACCAACAUCACCACCAAGCUGCCGUGGCACGUCAAGAAGCACGAGAAGGCAGAGCGCCGUGCCGCCAACGGCUUCAAGUAUUUCACCAAGAGGGAGGAGUGCGGGAGGCUGGGUUGUAAGUACAACCAAGUCAACAGCCACUUCCACUGCAUCCGUGAGGGUUGCCAGUUCUCCUUCCUGCUCAAACACCAGAUGACCUCGCACGCACGCAAACACAUGAGGCGGAUGCUGGGAAAGAACUUCGACAGAGUCCCAUCCCAGGUGAUGCCCCUCGGUCAGAGGGCGGAUGGGAUGCAGCACGGCAUGGUGUCUGGGCCGGCGGGGACGGGGCCCGGCGUCAACUCCAGCUUCUCCUCUAUGAUGGAUGAGACUGAGGACUACAUGGACUACAUGGGGGGAGGAGGCGGAGGAGGAAGCCCCUUGGGCCUCUCCUCCGAGUCCUCCAACCAGGACCGAAGCUGCACCAGCACACCUGUUGGCAACGACAGCUCUCCGGCAGGACAAGGCUGCCCCGCCACCACCUCUGCUCCCACCACCCCUGCUGACACUAGCGCUACCCAAAAUGCACCUUCUUCCUCCUCCCCUCCUCCACCGCCACCGCCACCUCCUCUCUCCGCUCCUCAGCCUGGCUUCCAGUCCCAGGCCCCAUCCCUCUCUCCCGCUCUCCUCCGACCUCCUCUCCCCUCACUCCCAUACCUCCUCUCUCCAUCCUGUCUGUCAUACUCUCUGCUCAGCGCCUCUUUGGGAGCCACUCGGAGUGUUGUCAUGCCAACCAACACACCAGCUUUCAGCCCCAUCAUUGCCACUCCGUCUCCGGUUAAAAAUGACGUCCCUAUAGUGCAGGAUGCUGCAGGCAACACCAUCUCCAUUCCCACGGCCACAGGCGCAAAGAAGCGCUUCUGGAUCAUCGAGGACAUGUCGCCGUUCGGGAAGCGACGCAAGACGGCGUCGUCGCGCAAAAUGCUGGACGAGGGCAUGAUGCUGGAGGGCUUCCGGCGCUACGACCUCUACGAGAACUGCAAGGACUCGGGUUGCCAGUUUUCCCUGAAAGUGACCCACUACCACUGCACGCGCGAGAACUGCGGCUACAAGUUCUGCGGCCGCACCCACAUGUACAAGCACGCGCAGCACCACGACCGCGUCGACAACCUGGUCCUGGACGACUUCAAGCGCUUCAAGUCCUCGCUCAACUGCAACUUCCCCGACUGCCAGUUUUCCGGCAACAGCACCCACUUCCACUGCCUGCGCUGCGGCUUCCGCUGCACCGACAGCACCAAGGUGACCGCCCACCGCAAGCACCACGGCAAGCAAGAUGUGAUCAGCGCCGCCGGCUUCUGCCAGUUCAGCUCCAGCGCUGACUGCGAGGUUCCUGACUGCAAAUAUAAGCUCAAGUGCUCACACUUCCACUGCACCUUCCCCGAGUGUAAGCACACGGUGGUGGGCAUGUCCCAGAUGGAUUCCCACAAGAGGAAGCACGAGAAGCAGGAGCGAGGCGAGCUGCCGUCCGUGUCACCAAAACAGGAAGCGGUUCACCACCUGGGGGGCAACGUGUCGGCAAUCCCUCCGUCCUCCAUGGGUCUUUCUACUUCCUCCCCCGGAGGCCUCCACGGGUUGUCCCACAAAAUCAACAGCAGCGCGCCCUCCAUGCUCUACGCACCAGGUGGUAUCAGUUCUGACUAUAACCACUCGUACCCGCCAUCCUCCAUCAGCCUGGACAGCUCCCUCAACCUGGGCACCGACACCAGCAGCUCCCUGUUCUUCCUGAAGAACGCGGCCGGCCUGGGUCUCAGCGACUCCCUGGACCUCAGCAAGAAGAUGCACCACAACACGGCGCGACUGGCCCACAAGCCCGCAGCCCCGCUGGGCCUGCCGGCGGCUCAGGACGACACCACGGGGACGUCCGGAGAGGCCGAGGACGACAUGUCGCCGGAGGAGGAGGCGCACGCGGAGGAAGAGGACGAAGAGGAGGAGGACGAGGAGGAGGAGGAGGAGGAGGAGGCGGAGGACGAUCUCAACAGUGACUCAAACGAUGACUCGACUGCAGAGCCCGACGGCGAGAAGGACAAUGGCGAGAGUUUCGAUGCUUCCGUUAACCACGCUGAUUCUUCCCAACUGGAAAAGCAAGACGCUGACCCUUAAAAAAUAAAAAAAAAGAAAGACUAAACUAACAGUGACUGUAGGAACUGCAGAGAAAAGCCCUGUGUACUAUGAAACAACAGAAAUGAAAGUGGCCUCAUUUAUCAUGUUUAGAGACUUCAGAUGACAACAAAAAACAACAACAGCGCGGAGAAAAUGACGGCCCGAAAUGAUUUAUUAUGAUGUUUACAAGAUGACCAACAUUAUUAAUUCAAUUAUGCAUUAAAAAAAAAAAAAAAAAAAAAUAUGAACGGAGAGACACACAAGAGUUAGGCCCUGUUUUACACGCCGGGCAGCAAUGUAAAGCAUUUUACUACACAUCAGUCUUUUUUGUGUGCGUGCAUGUUUGACUUUAAUUUAUUUUUUUCACUUUUUUGUGUGUGAAAAAAAAAAAAACCACGUUAGAAAAACAAAAACAAAAUCUCUCUAUAUAACUAUAUAUGUAAGUGUGUGUGUGCGUGCGCGCGCGUGUGUGCGUGUGUGUGUGAACGACGAUAUACAAAAGGAAAUUGCUGGCACAGGCGACAUGAACUGCAGGGUCGUGGAUGCGUAGAAAAAAAAAGGGACACGAAUCACUAAGGGGAAACAUUUGAUCUUUUUUCUGUAUUAUUACUAUUAUUAUUAUUAUUAAUAAUUAUUAGACACAGAGAGAAAAAAAAGGGGGUUACGUUUUGCUUGUUCCCAUCUCUGUAUUUUUCUUUGUUCUCAAUGACACGUGGAGUCGACCAGUGGCGGCUUGGUCAGUGUCAGCUGCAGUCGGGCGUCCGUCGAGCCGCCCUCCUCAACAGUUCUCUUAGACAUUCUCGCUAGAAAUGUUCAACUAGCGCCGAAAAAAAAAAAACCAAGCUUAGCCCUUGUAAUUUAACCCCCUCGCCCCCGUUGGAGGAAUCAAGUUCGUGCGUGGAUAGUGCACUUUUAUAAUAGCUGACCGUGAUGAUUACGAUGAUGAUGAUGACGAUGACGAUGAUAGAUAACUCAUGAGUAUAUUUAAAAAUAUUUUUGUUACCAUUUGCAUUAAAAUGUCGUUUUGUUGUGUUGUUAGUCAGAAGCAUAUCGAUCUGUAAGCGGGCGAGGUCGUGAUUAACGGCCGGCGAGUCGGGAUUGAAGGGGGUGGGUAAGAAGAGGGGGGUGGGGGUGGGGAUGGGGAUGGGGAUGGGGGGGGGGGUCGUGGGAUGUGCGGUCAGACUGACCAGAGGAAAUGAUGAGUCACUCAAAUGCAGCGACGGCGGCUCGGCAGAGGAAGCGUCAGGGAGUGUUUUAUGUCGAAAAAUGUACAGACCGAAGAAAAUGUCUCGACGGCAUUUUGAUUUUCCAUUCACUAUGGCUGUGGUUGAGCUCCUGUUGUAAUGGUUUUUAUUUAAUAUUUAUGUGACCUUCCAAUGAGAAAUUUCUAGGGGUGUUAUUGCACUUUUUAGGUUCAUUUUUACCGUCUGAAAAAAAAAACAAAAAAAAAUAAACAAAAAGAAUGAUAUAUAUCUUUUAACAGGGAAUUUGCUUUAAAGAUGUUUGUUUUAGUUCACUUUUGCUUUAAUGCACAAAUAGAUGUUAGUGUGACAAAGAACUGUUGUUCUGUGAUUUAUUUAAAGACUGGUUUUUAUUUUUGCUUCUUCUGUGAUUGGACAGUUUGAAAGGAGAAAAAAAAAAGAAACAAAAACAAAGAAAAGAAAAAAAGGAAAUGUGGCGCACCAGGAAAACGGUGCCCCGACGAGAAACACUAAGACGGACUGUGAUUUAAAUUAAUUCUCAAGAAGUUUGUAGCAGUGCUCACUGACCGUAGGUCUAAAAUUCAAAAUCUGUCAAACCACCCUCCGGUUUUUAUUGAGCGAACAUGUACGACUGAGGAGUGGACACACUGAUCAUGAAUUAUCUCCUGAGCUUGGCAUUGGAAGUAAAUGAUCAUAUUAUAAGGAAUAACAAUGUGUGUAGAUGAUAUUCCUCCAGAUAAUGUUUUGAGAAGAAAAAGAAAAAAAAAAAGGUUGUACAGUAUUUUCCUCUGUAAAAAAAUAACUAUAUAUGAACAAAAUGCUCUUUGAUGAACAGCUUCCUUUAAAAAGAAAACCGUAAAAAAGGAGAAAUGAAUAAUAAAAAGUUAAAAAUUCAAAUAGCCUCAUCAUAGUUUGCUUGUGUGCGUGACAUUUUUUUUUUUUUUUUUUAAAUUACCCCAGGUUUUUACCCCCAGUGGUUGUUCAUACUAUAGCAGCGGGGCAGAUUCCGUUAUUUGCAGAAUAACAACUUCUCUUUUUUCCAAACUCUGUCAGAAGCUCAAACUAAAAUACACUGAUUUGAAUUCAUUCAUUGAUGUUUCUGUUUUAUUUAUCGACUCAUUUAAUUCAUUGUCAUUUCUGCGUGUGUGCUGUUUUUGUUUUGUUUUUUUUUUGUUCUGUUUUUCCCUUUCCCUCAUUAAGUGAAAAUUCUUGGUGUGUAUUUACUUUGCUGUGGGCAUGCUUCGUUCACAGACUGAACUGUCUCCCGGGACUCCGCUGCAAAGCGGAGGCAUUACUACAUUUGUUUUUGUUCUCUCAUCAUUUGCUGAGAUAACCUGUAGGGGCUGGGAGACGAUGUGCACUUGAAUUCGGUUUGUGUGUGUGUGCGUGCGUGUGCGUCUGUGCGGGUGUAAAAUAGCAGGAUUUGUAAAAAGUUGAAAAUAAAGAAACUAUAAUUAUUGACAAUACACAUGCAUACGUGGUUGAUGGCGACGUUUUGUUGGACACGUGCGGAGGGGAAAGGCCAUGGCGGCGAUACUACUGAAGUGUGUGUGUGUCUGUGUCUGUGUGUGCGCGCUACACAAACUGGUGGUUUUGUCCCAGCUGCUCAGAGCUCCAGUUCAGACCAUAACCUCGUGAGCUUGUGCGUCUUUUUCCUGCUUAAAAAAAAAAAGAAAAGAAAAGAAAAGAAAAAAUCCAACUGGGAACCAAUUUAACCGCAAAAUUUGAAGAACACGAAACAUCUGCACCCACGCAGGUAGAGGACAAUGUUUGUUGUCGGGGUCGUCCAUUUUGUUCGCUCUUUGACGUUCUGGUGCAAGAACCAGAUCGGAGUCUAGGACCAUUAGGGAGAUUUAGAGGCCUGCUACUGCUACAAGAUGGCUCUCAGUGUCUUGCUCACUGUUAACAGGGCACAUUUAUUAUUAUUAUUACUUUUUUUUUUUUUUUUUUGCCUUGAGCCAUGCUGGGUUCUCCUCCCACUCCCUCAUGUCACCCAGCGGCCAGCGUGCUGACUCUGUCUGUCCCCUCGUCUACAGCUGUUCCUGUCCUUCCUCCUUCUCUUCCUUGUGAUGUUUUUUUAAUAAAAAAAAAAAAAGGAAAGAAAAAAAAAAAAAAACACGGGUAAAGGCAUCACCAUCUGUCAGCCAGCUGGUAUCCUGUAUAUAAUCUACCAGAGAGAGAGAGGAGAAAAAAAAAAAGAAUAAACAUGAAAAUUAUAUUACACAAAAACCAGACGGAAACGACCUCCAAAUCCUGCAUAGGCUGCUGCCGAAACGACAGAUCAUUUUGCUGUUUUAAUUAACAGAGUAAAAAGGAUGGUAUAAAAAAGUGGCGAGGAAAUAAACAGAGAUGUAUUUCCACUGCUGGAAAAAUGGAAUAUGAAAGCCGGCUGCUUACUGCGGAGUAGCGGAUAAACGGCGCAACAUUUUAGACUUUGUAAAAUAUAUUGCACUUUUGGACUAAAAGCCAUCUCCCGUUAGUGUUCAAUUUGGCUCGAUUUAUGAGACGUUUUCUAUGAAAAGUAGACAAUGAAGCAAUUUUUUAAGAAGUCUCUACUUGAAUUUGUUGCCCUCGGCGCUACUAUUUAUUCUAGUCAUAUUGCUUAUUUCCACUUGGAUACAGUGCUGUUCAUCUUCAUUGUGCUAUAUUUAUGUUUUUUUCUUCUGUUUCUGCAUGUCUUAUGCAAAGAUUGAGCUUUUCACUCAGUGAAAUAAAAACGUACUGAAUAACUUUA